UACGGCAUGAUCAUUCUACGGCAGCCAGUGAAAACCAUCGAUUCGAUUGUAUAGGCUCAUUCGCGGAAAUCUACUGCAGUUAAUUUCUCUCACGAUGCGUCUCACUUAUUUUUUGGCAAUUUGCUUCAUUUGUCUCGUCGGUCGUGUCCGCCCGCAUUCCCUUGGAUCCUUUGGAAGGAGCCUCAAGGAUGUUGUUGUUGAUUCGAAAGUGGCUUAUGAUAUGCAACUGAGAGAUGAUCCUCCGACGGAUGCCCCUACCGAUGCUCCUACCGACGCCCCUACUGACGCUCCUACUGACGCCCCUACUGACGCCCCCACUGAUGCUCCUACCGAUGCCCCUACCGAUGCUCCUACCGAAGCCCCUACCGAUACUCCUACAGACGCCCCUACCGACGCUCCUACUGACGCCCCUACAGACGCCCCUACCGACGCUCCUACUGACGCCCCUACCGACGCUCCUACCGACGCUCCUACUGACGCCCCCACUGAUGCUCCUACCGAUGCCCCUACCGAUGCUCCUACCGAUACUCCUACAGACGCCCCUACAGACGCCCCUACCGACGCUCCUACCGACGCUCCUACUGAUGCCCCUACCGACGCCCCGACGGACGCACCAACUACAAAACCGUCGACCCAAAAGCCAGCAACCACAGUAAAACCUACAACAACUAAACCUACCACAAAAAUGCCUACUACAGUUAAACCGACUACAGCUAAACCCACCACUAUAAAACCAACUACAGCUAAGCCUACCACCAAGAAACCUACUACAGUAAAACCUACCACUAAGAAGCCUACUACAAUGAAACCUACUACUAAGAAACCGACUACAGCUAAGGCUACCACUAAGAAACCUACAGUGAAACCUACCACUAAGAAACCUACAGUGAAACCUACUACUAUAAGAAACCUACAGUGAAACCUACUACUAAGAAACCUACAGUGAAACCUACCACUAAGAAACCUACAGUGAAACCUACCACUAAGAAACCUACAGUGAAACCUACCACUAAGAAGCCUACUACAAUGAAACCUACAACUAAGAAACCAACGACGAAAAAACCAGUUGGUUAGUUAGAGUUAGUCCUCGGCAAACAAUAUUUCUUCGCUUCAGAGUACCUUUAUAGCGUGACAUCCCUGCAUCCGAUAAUUGACCACCGAAAUACCAAAUCUUCGUGUUUUAACAAAUGGAAUUGGUUUCUCAAUACGUCGCCCAUAUAUAGUCAAACAUCAGCUUUAUGCAUAUAUAUCGAUUUGUGUUUUUGUGUCCCACAAAAUGCAUAUAACUGAUGAAUAAGGGCAUCAUAAAUUUUGUUUUUGUUUAGGGCCUACCAAACAGUUAUUUAAGUGUUGGGCUAUAGUUUCAGGCGUGUCGGUGGAUUGACUAUCAUAUCCAACUGUAAUGGGUUAAAUGUUUUGAAAUAAAUUCAUCGUUACAGUUA